AUGAACUGGGCAAGUGGGUCGCUAGGGUGGGAGAAGGGGGUCAUGCAGGACCAAAUCCAGAAGCUUCUACUGAUGGGGCCUGGUGGGGCCGGGAAAACGUGCAUGCGAAGCAUCAUCUUUGACAAUUAUUUACCACGUGACGUCUUACGGCUGGGUAUCUCCAUCUCGCUGGACCAGAGCCAAGUGCGCAUGUUUAACAACCUAUACCUCAACCUGUGGGACUGCGGUGGGCAGCACCGCUACGUGGCGGAGUACCUCAACCGCCAGAAGGAGUACAUAUUUCGCAGUGUCAGUGUGAUGCUUUUUGUGUUUGACAUCAACAGCAUGAGCCGCGAGAGCAAUGACACGUAUGGGGGGAUGUCAACGGAUUGGAGCCGGCCGGAGAUGUUGGAAUACUUUCAGUCUGCCAUGCAUUACAUUCGACAAUACAGCCCGCAUGCGAAGAUAUUUGUGCUGUUGCAUAAGAUGGAUCUCAUCGCUAAGGAACUUCGUGAAAGUAUUUUUGAGUCGAGGAAGGCGGAGAUUCUCUCGCGAAUUGAAGGUGACGAGUGUACAUGCAACAUUCAGUUCUUUGCCACGAGCAUCUGGUCGGACUCGCUGUAUUUUGCGUACAGCAGUGUUGUGCGCUCCCUCAUACCCCACCGGGAUGUCCUCAUGGAAGAGAUGAAGAAACUGCUCAUUGGCUGCAACGCGAUGGAGGUGGCUCUGUAUGAGCGUAGCACAUUUCUGUGCCUGACACACGUUAGCCGAACAGAUGCCGAUGAAAUAUUUGCAGGUGAUGCAGGCAGUAGUAAAAAGAACAAAAACAAAGACACAUACGUCGAUACCGAUGGCAAUGCGUUUUGUUCACCGGGGUGCGAGUUUCGAACGACGGAAGUUAGUGAGACGGUGAAACAUUUUAAGUUGAGUUGCAUGAACAAUUCGACGAGCCUUGAUGGGUUUCAGAUCACCACGGAUACCUUCACUGCGCUGCUUCACCCCUUUACAAAUUGUACAUGUGUGCUACUUGUGUCGACAGACCCUAGCGUCAGUGUAGAGCUUCACAAGCGCAACGUGUGCAGUGCACAGCGGGCGUUUGAGCUUUUUCUUCAAUCAGGGGAUCCUGUCGCGGAGGAAAUGCGGCAAAUACUGUGA